UAGAAGGGAGGGGGGAACACUUUUAAAAGAUGCAAAUCAUUAAACCAUCCCAUGGCUGGUUUCCUUUCCUCCUCCUGUCCGUUGCCUUCACUUCAAAGGCCAAGUAAGUAGCGGAUUGAUUGGUUUUUUUUAAGCCUGGCUGCCCUUCGCAAAAGAAUUUUGCAUUGUUUUCCCUUCCCCGAAACGUUGAGAAAACUGGACGAGGGCUUGCAGAGUUUGACCUGGGAACGGAGGAACGCUGGAUUCCCGAGGCCAGCCAAACGGAGAAAAAUUCCCAGGAAUUCCAUUUCCCCCCCCCCCCCCCCACGCCCCACCUUCCGUCCGUCACAAAUCACCUGGCAAUGAAUGUUAACGGCUUUCGGGGCCUUUUUUCCCCCCCUUGGAGAACUUUUUGCCGAAUAUAAAACAGGAGCUGUCCAGUGGCAGAGAAUGGGCCGGCAACGUUGGCAAGCGCGGAUGGUGGAUCGCGACAAUUCUUCCUGGGUAGGGCGGGCAAGGAGGAAUUGAGGCGACGGGCCAGGUGGAAAGAGAGACUGACUCAGAGGCUGCAGCAACCCAAUGAUAGGUGGCAACUUCGCAUGAAGUUCCUCCAGCAGGCACAGAGCUACAUUGGCACGCCGUAUGCCAAGAAAUACCACCAGCCUGGAAGUCCUGAAUACGAAUCUCCCCUUUUCCUGGAUUGUUGUGGGUUCGUCCGGAGAGCAGUACAAGAUUUGGCAGACGAUUUUGGCUUCUACAUGGGCUCAGGCAACCAAGCCUAUCAGUAUGACACCCUUCCUCUGACGCUACCCAGCGAGGACCAUUUGAAGCCGGGCGAUCUUAUCUUCAUCUCGGGAGUUUACUUUGAUCCACAACGUAAGAGGCAACCCCACGACAUUGUCCAUGUGGAAAUCUGGUUGGGGGAAGGAGAACGCAGUCUGGGGGCCAGGAGGAAGCACGGCCGAGCCCAGGUCUUCGAUUCCUACAGGUUCGUCUCCAGCUCUUACGGAGACAUGAAAUAUCACUUCAAGUCCAUCGAGACAUGGCUGCAGGGGGUUUGUGUCAGCCAUUGUCCAGAACACAAAUGGACUUCAGCGAGGGACGAUGUGGAGAAAAAUUCUAUUUUCUACCCGCCGAGCGAGCAAGAUGAACCAGCAGAAGAGGAGGCCAGCCCUUCCCAAAGCCGGCCUCCCUCGCGACCCGCAGAGGCAGGAACGCCGGUCAGGAUGGCAUCCGUCACCAGAUCUCUCAGCACCUGCGGACCAAGUGGUAGCGAGCAGGUGGGGGCCCAGGAUCUUCAGGUGUGCUCCAGGUUGGGCUCGGAGCUCCCUAAGAUAACCUUGGGGGCAAAGGAUGGAGGUGUAGAAUCUGGCCAAGGUCGGGAGGAAGCCCCGAGUGCCAACGAAGCAGGCGGUGAGGCUGUGGCAGGAGGAGAGCAGGCCCAGAGAGAAGGGGGCGAGGCAGACCGCGUGAAGACUCUCCCAGAAGAUCAAGGCCAGGACGCUCCAGACUCAAUCAGCGACUUGACCCAGACUUCCGGUUGCAAGGUAAAGUCCAGCGGGGUCUUAAUGGGCCACGUCGGAAAGUGGAAAAAGGAGCCGAAGUCCACAACUCAAGGCGUUCUGUGCCCUGAUGGAUCUCCACCACUAGCCUCAGGUGAAUCAGACAGCCUUCCUCCCAGUUGGGGUGGUGGAAAUAGGAGUUCCCAGAGGUCGCCGAAGGGAGGAUCACCUAUGCAUUCAGAUCAAAGAAGCCCAGAAACCAUCCUGAAUGCAGCGCUCCGAAUGAGUCACCUGGAAGAGAGAAGAAAUGAAGAAGGCCCACGAUCGGGGCCGUUCUUUACAUCGGCGGAGCAAAUGGGGGUCGAUAUCCUGAAUAAUUACUGCAAAAGUAAAGGGUGGCAACGGAUUUCUGACAACCGGAGGGAAGACGUCUUGAAAUGGUGCGAAACCAAGUUUCGGGACUCCUAUUGCAACUUUCGAGAAGGAGAGCAGCUUCUCUACCAGAUCCCAAACAACAAGAUCCUGACAACCAAGAUCGGCCUGUUGAUGAACCUCCGAGAAUAUGACCGGGUGAUGAGGAAGAUCGGCCAGGCAGCCAAAUUGUUAAAAAUGGAGGAUUUUUUCCCGGAGACUUUUCGUCUGGACACCAAAGACGAGAGAGAAAUCUUCUUUGAAAUAUAUAAAGAGCCUCAUAUCUGGAUCUGCAAGCCCACCAGCUCCAACCAAGGCCGGGGCAUCUUCCUCCUGAAAAGCCAAUCUGAGGUCCGUAACUUGCAAACCAAACUCCAAAGCGUGGAGGACGAGGCAACCUAUAAGAAGUUUCCUUACAAACUGCCUCAGGCACGAAUCGUCCAAAGGUACAUCGACCGUCCGCUGCUGCUGGAGGGGAAAAAAUUUGACGUCCGCUCUUACCUGCUGAUCGCCUGCACGGUGCCCUACAUGGUCUUUUUCGGCCACGGUUACGUCCGCCUCACCUGCCUCAACUACGACCCCAAAUCCAAUGAUCUCACUUCUCACCUGACCAACCAGUACGUGCAAAAGAAGAGUCCCAUCUACACCCACGUCAAGGAGGAGACUGUAUGGCUGAUGGAGCGCUUCAACAACUACGUCAACGAGAAGUACAGACAAGCCAAAGGGCUCCCCAGAGACUGGGUCUUCAACGGCUUUACCAAGAGAAUGAAAGAAAUCAUGUUACAGUGUUUUCUCUCUGUCAAAUCCAAGCUGGAAUGCAAACUGGGCUUCUUUGAUCUCAUCGGCUGCGACUUCCUGAUUGAUGAAGAUUUUAAGGUGUGGCUCUUGGAAAUGAACGCCAAUCCUGCUUUGCAUACCAACUGCACGGGACUGAGGACCGUCAUUCCCACGGUGGUGAACGAGACCCUGGAUUUGACCAUCGAGAUCUUCACCAAGGCUCAGAAGACUCAGAGCAUUCUCCCCCUGGAGUCCCUCUGCCAUUUCGUCCUCCUCUACAACGGGACAGCCUCCAACAACGGGCUCUCCCAGGCAUCCAAGAGCAAGACCUCCCUCUAUUCUCUAAAGAUCCCCCGGCCAAGUCUGGAGAAAGCCACCGGCAGCAGCAGCAACCUCGGGUUGCCCAACCCUCUUCCGCCGGACAAACAGCCGCCCCCCAAAGUCCCCGAGAAGGUGUUGAAGGCGGACAGCAAAGGAGAGCCGUCUGGUGCUUCUGACGGGCUGGCUGUGCCCUCCGUCAAAGGUCUCCGGCGAGACCCGCUCCCCAUGCCUCAGAUCCAGAUCUCCAUCGUCCCCAGCCUGACCUGCUGUCCUUCUGUCAAAGCCAUCCUCCGGAGACACCAAGUCUGCACCAGCGGCAACCAGUACAUCAUCAAACCCGUUCCGGCCGCCCCAGACAAGGCCGAGGGCCCCGAGGAUCCAGCCAAGUCCUUCCACCUGCCCCGCGGGAACUCCAAAGAUAAGUCCUACACCACCUGGUUCCAGCAAACCUUCGGGACCAAGAUGCCAGCGGCCAGCGGCAACGGCAGCGCGGAGAAUGCCUUGACCAGCUCGCAGAUGCUCUCCCUCCAUCUUCAGUCCAACUUGCCGCCCAACGGCCUGCUCCUCCCGGAGUUCCCCAAGUCCUUCUCCCCACUGGUGGUGAAGGGGCCGCCGGCGGCCGAGAGCAAGUCCAGGGCCGUAACUGUCAGCCAGAGUUGCCGGGAACUGCUCCCAGACGAGAAAAAGAUCUCCCACCGGGGCUCCUAAAACGCCGGAUGCCGGCGUAUUCCGAAAGUCCCUCCUUUUCUUAUAAAGAACAAAACCAGGAAGGAAAAGAAGGCCGGAGAAACACCCUUCUUUCUGAUGUGUUCCAGCAUCUUUCUUGGCACGGGAGGCGGGGAGUGUUCUGGGUGGGCACGACGUCUGUUCGAUCUCUCUGGGCCACUUAAAUAUUUCCCCAAAAAACCCACAGGGCGAAAUGCUGUAUUUGCUUAAAAGCCAAUCCCCCCCCCCACACACACACUUUUCUUUUGUUUAAUUUUUUGAGCCGCGGAGAGCUUUCUGCUUUUCUCCCCCUUUGGCAUUAUUAUUAUUAUUUUCCCUCCCCCUCUCCAAAGACUUAUGACCACUACAAUUCCCAUCCUCCUGCGGUUGUGCAAAUUAUUGGGUGGUUUCCAAGGCUUUAUUGGACUAGAUGAUCUCUCUGGGACCCCCCGGUCCAGCUCUUUGGUUCUGGACUGGAGACAUUCCAACGUUUCUGAAAAUUGCCUGGUUGAGGUCUUUUUGAUAGGGGAUGAUGGUUAUGGGAAAACCAUGCCACACCCUGAGCCCAUGAUGGAGGAAUAAUAUACAACCCAUAAUAAGAAUAAUAGACUGCAGCCUAAACUGGAGUCAAAAUGCCCAGAAUCCAGUUUAUUUCGGUAGGCCACAACCGUCUGCUUCAUUAAGUGGGUCGAAAAAACCCAACACGUAGGAUGACCCACCAACAGGACAAUCUUUGUCUUCUAAUUCUUGGCUGUUUUUUCCCCGCGUCUCCGACAAGGUGGCUUCCGUUUUUGUGCCUCAUUCUCAGCUCCCUCCACCAAAAGAGUCUUCGGGUCAGCUUCCAAAAGGCUACAGCCCGUCCUGCGGAGUUGGACAGGGGGUUGAGCCCCUCCACCCACCCUUCCCAAUUCUUUCAGUAUACGCUCCCAGCACGCUCCCGAUGGCCUAGGUUACUAUUCCGGGAUGCCCAGGCCCCCGGCGUUCCCACAACCGUCGAUUCUAGCCCUCCCACCCAAUCCUUGCAGGCUCGUGGCACUGUCUUCCUGGCCUCUCCACCUUUCUCCCCCAUGGAAUGUGGUUGUGCAAAUCAGCACAGGCCCCACUUUGCAACCAAGGGUUCCAACUCCUGUGUGGGAAAAUGGAGCUUUCCGCGAGAUUUGGCCUCCCACGAAAGAACCUGCGGUGGUUACUCUAGCUCACACCUCCCGCGUAGAAUUCUCCACGAGUAUCUUUGGUGGAGGGAUGAAGUAAGCAGCUAGGGCCAUCAAGAGGCGGUUGAACCUUGAACUGCUUCCUCCUUUGUGAACUGAUGGGAGUUAUAAUUCACCAUUUGGACCGUAAGACGGUCUCCCCUCGGUUUUAUUACACCCGUGACAAUAUCCCAUUGGGUGCGGUGAUUUGAAUAACACAACAAACAGCACAGAACCCUUUUGCGGUGCUUCAAUCCGGGAGGAUUUGGGAUUGGUGCAAAUUACGCCCCUUACUCAUAGCAGGCCACCGUUCUCCUACAAAAGCUAAGGAAUUUGGAAAAAGGAAUCAUUUGCCUCUACAAAUCUCCCUGUUUGUAGCUUCACCACCCCGAAGCAGAGCACAACAAGACUUCUGUCUGGUUUUGUAAAGGAGGCACACACACACACACACACACACACACAAAUCAAAGCUUUGCAUUCUUUCUUUUUUUAAUCUUACGGUUUAAUUUAACAAGGAAGGUCUUGCUUCGUGCCAGGGGUGGCUGUGCAAAAUUUCGGAAACUUGGAUUUCCUUUGGUGCAGGGUGACCACAUUUGAAAAAAAAAAAAGAGCCAAAAUGGAAGGAAGGAGUGUGGUGUGUGUGUGUGUGUGUAUAAACGCAACCCAUUUUCAGAAAUGUGUUGGAGCAAAAAACAAAAUGUAUUUAGGAAAGCUGAUUGAUUCACCUUUCGGUGACUUUCGAGCGGACGUGUUUAACUUGGUUAGAAAGAAAACCGGGACGUUGAAUGAUUGGUUCUAUCAAAAAGUGCACGGGGGGGCGGAGGGAAGGGCAGGUUUUGUGGGAAUACAUGAUCUGGUAAAAAUGAUGAGAUAACCCGGCUGGGGGGAGAAAAAAAAUAAAAUAAAAUCCAGACAGCAUUUUAAUUUAGCCUUCAACUCAGCAGAUUCUUCCGAAUAUGGUGCAGGGUUCUCUUGCUUGGGCGGGGGUUGGACUAGAUGACCUACAAGUCCCCUUCCAACUGUGUUCAUCUGUAUCUAUUCUGUGACUCCAACUCUUGCCUCGAGUCAAGGGGUCAAUAUUUAGUUUAGUUUUUUUUUAAAAAAAUUCAAAUCCUAAAUCAGCAGAUCUGUUCUAAGAAAAAAAAAUCAAUGUUCUCAUGUCUGAAAACAAGGAUGAGUUUGGGGCUCACUUGCGACAGGUGUAUACAUUUCUCUACGGGGGCCAAAAUGUCCACAGAGAGACAUUUCUCCAACCUCACAACCGAUAUGGAAUCAACCUGGAUAGCAAAGCUUCUGAAAAGCCAACUGUUCAUUUCCAUCCACCACCUGGAUCUGGAGACGAGAUUUAUGUCCCGGAGAGAUAAGCUGGGAUACUGGGCGCGCACGCUGCUGUGCCAGCUAGCCUGAGUUUUCAGUGAAUGCCAAGGAGAUGUUCUCCCCCAGGACUCUCUCCCCAUGUUCUUCCUCUAGGAAUUGGCAGCUGAAGGAAGCUUCUUGGUGGUCCAGUUGAGUUCCUAGCCAGUCCAGAGAAGGAACGGAUUUGGGUUCUAUAAGAGAGAGAGACAUCAAAAAUAUAGAAAUGAGAUCGCUGGUGGGAUCUCCCUUCUCAAUCCCAAUCAUGAAAACGCAAGGAACCACUGGAACCCUCCGAUUCGACCUCAAGGACUCCAUAGCUAACCAAGGAUCCAUUUUCUUCCUUCUGGAUUGGGACACAUCUUCAACUGCAGCAUCUCCAGCUACAGCAAGCAAUCGCCCUUAUAACCUCCUCAACCCUCAACGUCCUCCAAGCCUACGGCUCUGCGAUCCCCACCAACAUCUGAACCUGGGUGAACAUGCAGGUGUGGACCAACCAAAGCCUUUCCGCUGUGGCCGAAGAGAUGGCCACCAUGUCUGAGGUUAGAAGCUCAGUUGUGGAACGUCUACAGAAGGGAAGUCCUGCCUGUUCACCCAGUUGAGGGGAGAAAUGAUUCGAAGUCAGUUAUGGAAGCUCACCAUCGAGAAACUGCGGUUCUCCUGAAGACUGCCUUCCAAAAUCUUGGAAAUUGGAUAUAGCCUCACAGAUCAACAUUAAGGAAGACCUUCCCUGAUGUCAGUCUGUCCAUUUCUGCGCAGUCUAAUAUAUAUUUUUUAAAUUACAUCUUCGUCUCUCGAUAUUUCCUCAUUUUUCCCAGUACUGUGCGAAUACAAUCCUUGCUGCUGUCAAAACAUGUAAUAUUAAAUACAGAUUUCCCCUUUUCAUACUCGUCGUAUUAUACCUAGCAAAAAAUAUUUCUGGCUGAUAAUCUAUGCAGCUUUGACAUUUUUUUUCUAACCAUGUAUAAUAUUUUUUUUUUAAUCGCCCAUAAUUUUAGAUAUGUUUCCAUCCUUCAGUUUAGCUCUUCAGCUUCGGAGCUGGCAAGAAAAGUCGUAAAAUGGGGCAAAACUCACAUUUCUCACUUAACAACAUACAUUUUGGGCUCGGUGGUGGUCGUAGUACCUUUAAUGGAUUAUACUAGAUUAUGUUUAUGACCUCUUCUGUUCCUAACUCAAUUGUUCCCCAGCAGUUUUGAGAUAUUUGCUGGAGACAAAUGUACCAAGAUACAGAUGAAAGCUUUCUUUUUUUUCCAGUUGUGGUUUCUAUAACCCUUUUAAACUAUGCCCGUUGCUUGGAAAAAACUUAGAACCAACCAGCUCUCAAAAGAUUUUAUCUUCCCCCCAAUUAAUAAUUAAAUCUCUCAGUCUAAACCAAUGAUCAUUUUUCCAUUCAGCAAAUGCCUAAAUCAGGGGUCACCAAUCUUUUGGACUUCAGGGACCACUAAAUUCAUAAUUUUAACAUCCCGCAGACCA